ACUUUGUAUUUAUUAAUAGGACUAAUAAAUUCUUAUUUUGGUCGGAAAAUCGUGUAUCGAAUUUGAGUAUUAGGGCAGUAUCUAUAGUUUUUUAGUAGCUUAUUACGAAAACAAAACUUUGUUCGCGAUUGACGGGUUGACUGUUUACAUAGUCAUUAAGCUUAUCAAUGGGCACCAUCUGUCGUAAAAUAUAUUGCUAAAGGAAAACCAAGAGCAUAGUCACAAUUACGGAAAUUACAAUGGAUACCGCAGACAGGGAAACGUUCUUUACCAAAGCCCAUUCGCCAUUUCCAGAGCCCACCUUGGACGAAAAAAUCAAGGCGGAUGAAUUUUUAUCGGCCUCAAAUCACCUCGCCCAAUUUUUUGGAUUUCUUGGAACCAUCUUUACUCCCGUUCAAUCAGAUAUCUCAGGAAAUGUUAAAAAACUCGGAAAGUUUAUUGAAGAGAAUCCUGAAAAAGUGGUCUAUGUAAAUGAUAUAAUUUUGCUGGAGGCUGGUGUUACUCAGUCAAUUUCCAUUGAUGCACUUCUGUGGUUGAAACGUGCACUUGAGUUCACCAUGCUCUUCAUUGAUGGCAUUGUCUGUGAUACUAAAAAUGGCACACCUAAUGAGGAUCUGAGACCUCUUUGUCUUCAAGCUUAUGAAAAGACAUUGAAAAAGUAUCAUGGAUGGAUGGUGCAACAGAUUUUCAAUCUUGUAUCUAGAGCAUGCCCGUCGAGGCGAGAUCUCCUGGCCAGCUUAGCUCUUGGAGAGACGGACAUGGAGUCUGUCGUAGUAGCGCAAAUGGAAGAAGUACUUGUGAAUCUAAAGAAAAACGUUACCAUAAUUAAUCAGUUGUACGCACAGUACAAUUUGGACACCGAAGUCAAAGUUUAGGAUUUGUAAUGUCCAUUAACCUCAUCAUGAUAUUCCUGAAAAGUGUUUAGCUUUAACGGAAGUAAUUUGCAAUUUCGAAUGGCACCAAUCGAUUUUGAAAUAAAAUAUUUUACAUCAAA